AUGUCUAGCCAUCCGUCAACGAUUCGCCCACCCCUCGACCCUGAGCUAGCCGUCGCUCAAAAAAGCUUCCCCAGAACCCCGCUACGCGAAAGCCUUUCUGCACGCCGCAAGGCCGCAAUUCUAACGUGGGAGUCCAUAAGCGGCGGCAGAGAGGCUUUAAUCUCGCACUCAGAAGUCGACAUCCCAGGCCCCGCAGGAACAUUACGCACUUCAGUCUUGCGCUCGACGAAAGCCGAACAUCAAGCUCAGCCAGCAUCGAAGACUGUCGGAAUUGUCCAUUUUCACGGCGGCGGCCACGUCACGGCCGAUCGGUUCGUUGGGCUCAACACGCUCUUCGACAUCAUUGAGAAACUCGGUGCGGUUGUGGUAUCUGCUGAGUACCGGCUCGCCCCCGAGCACCCGCAGCCGGCGCAGGUCGAGGAUUCUUACGCGGCAUUACGCUGGGCCCACUCCCACGCCUCGGAGCUUGGAUUCAACCCCGAUAAACUGGUAACAUGCGGCGGUUCCGCAGGUGGAAACCUCACAGCGGGCGUCUCGUUACUUGCACGAGACCGUGCCGGGCCGAAGCUUCUCGGCCAGAUGCUUUUCUAUCCUUGGGUUGACGACGCCACGACUUCUCAUUCCAUAGAACAGUUCGGUGAUGUUGCGCCCUGGACAAAAGACGAUAACGCGUAUGGUCUCGACCUCGCGCUUGGUAAAAACCGCGAAUAUGCUAGCAUUUAUUCACUGCCUGCGCGUGCAGCCGAAACACAACAAGGUCUGUCGGGUCUUCCGCCGACGUACCUAGAUGUCGGCGAGGCGGAUGUCUUUCGGGACCAGGAUAUGGAGUUUGCGGGAAACCUUUGGAAGGCAGGCGUUCAGACAGAGCUGCAUGUUUGGCCAGGGGCGUGGCAUGCGUUUGAUACUUUUGCGCCGGAGGCGAGCGUUAGUAAGAGGGCAUUCAAGGCGAGACUGGAAUGGCUGGAGAAGUUGCUUGAGGCCACUGAUGCAGGCAUUUCAGCGUAG